AUGUCGGGAUCGAAAACCGUCGAAUUCUCUCUGCCGUCCAAAAGCGUUUGAUUGCUUUUCGUUGUUUUUUUUCUUUCAUGUUUAUUCUCGUUUGCGUCGCGCUCACCGUUUGCCCAGUGUCGUAACGAACGAUAAAAAUAUAACUAAAAUAGGUACAACACGUACCGUUAUUCUGCAUUUUAAUGAAUGUUUGAUUUUUAUUUUAUUUUCGCGUCUACAAAGUUAAAAUAUACUUAAUGUGAACCAAGGAUAACCUAAAAGAUUCUUAACAAUAAUUUGGAUUAGACAUUUACAAUGAGGGCGUAUUUGUUGGCAACGGCAUGUGCGAUUUUCUUGAACUUGGCUUUAGCAGUCUUACCGAACAAACGAGAUGCAUCAUCUUAUACUCAAUCACUUCAAACUCCUUUUCAAAGUCAACCAACAGUUAGCAUAUCAUCUAGUACAGUUGGUAAUGGACAAUCUUUUGAUUUUGAAAAUUUUAACACACAAGACACCCAAGGUGAUUCUUCUCAAGCACAGUUGCAGUCAUUGCAGAACUAUGGACAAUCUCAACAAGUAUAUACCUCUUCACAACCUCAACUGCAGCAAAGUUAUAGCGCUCAAAUACAAAGAAUAAUACAAGGUUAUAGUGCUCCACAACAGCAGCCACAACAACAGCCACAACAGCGGCCUCAACAAGGUUACUUACCACCACAACAGCAACCUGCGACGCAACCGCAACCAAGCUAUGGGGCAUCAACACAAACACAGCCACCAGUACCACAACCACAACAACCAAUAUCACAAACUCAACCAAGUUAUGGACUAUCACCACAACAACCAUCGCCUCAGCCCCAGCCAAGUUAUGGACCUCCACAACAACAACAACCAUCUCUACAGCCCCAGCCUAGUUAUGGACCACCACAACAACAGCAGCCACAACAACGACCACAACAAAGUUACAACACACCUCAAUUUCAGCCAAGUUAUAGUCCUCCUCCACAACAACAACCAGUGUCACAACCCCAAACUCAGCCAAAUUAUGGACCUCCUCAACAACAGCAACCAGUGUCACAACCACAACCACAAUCUAAUUAUGGACCUCCUCAACAACAACAACCAUUGCCACAACCUCAGCCAAAUUAUGGACCUCCACCACAACAGCAACCAUCACCUCAACCCCAGCCGAGUUAUGGACCACCACAACAACAACCAUCGCCUCAACCCCAGCCGAGUUAUGGACCACCACAACAACAACCAUCGCCUCAACCCCAGCCGAGUUAUGGACCACCACAACAACAACCAUCGCCUCAACCCCAGCCAAGUUAUGGACCACCACCACAACAGCAACCAUCGCCUCAACCCCAGCCAAGUUAUGGACCACCACAACAACAACCAUCACCUCAGCCCCAGCCAAGUUAUGGACCACCACCACCACCACAACCACAGCAACCAUUACCACAAUCACAGCCAAGUUAUAGUCCUCCUUUACAGCAACCUCCACAGACAAAUUAUGGUCCACCAGUACAACAGCCCCAAUCGUUUCCACAGCCAAACUAUGGACCACCACCUCAACAGCAGCAACCGCAAUCGAAUUAUGGUCCACCGCAACAACAGCCUCGCCCCAAUUAUGGACCACCCUCUCAACAACAACAACCAUUACCACAAUCCCGACCAAGUUACAGUCCUCCUCAGCAACAACAACCAUUGCCACAACCACAACCAAGUUAUGGACUUCCACCAUCACAACAACCUUUACCACAACCACAACCUAGUUAUGGACCACCAAUCCAACAGCAACAACCAAUACCGAACUGUAACUAUCCACAGCAGCAACAGCCAUUGCCUCAGCCACAACCAAACUAUGGAUUACCGCAACAGCCACUUCCACAGCCACAGCCUACUCAACCUUCAACAUCAUAUGGUGCCCCAGGACCAAGUGCAAUAACUCCUCAACAAAAUUUCGGUCAACCAAAACCAUCCAAUACUAAUAUUCCUCAAUCUAAUCAACCAACUGUAGUACAGUCAAUCAGUUUUGGAAUACCAUCACAAUCGUUUAACACACCAAAUCAAUUGUUGGGAACGUCACAAAAUCAGAAUGGAUAUUCUUAUAGCCCCCCAGCUACUCAGCAACAAAAUAAUCAAUUUCAAGGUUAUUCUUACAACCAACCAAGUACAAGGCCAAAUCAACAGCCACAACAGCCACAGCAACCCAAGCAGCCCAGUUUUACUUACACUACAUCUCAAGUACAACCUCAAAAUAUACCUCAACAGGUCGGUUAUUCAUACAAUCCACCACAACCAGCUACACAGCAAAAUAAUGCAAAAGCCCCCUCAUCGUCACCACCUCAACCAACGUAUGGGAUACCACAACAGCCUCAAACAUCCCCUCCGUCAAACAAUUAUAGCCCUCCCAAGCCACAAGCCCAACCAAGACCACAAGGCAGUUAUAUUUAUACUGGUGUUCCGGUAUCGAGUACACCAAGACCACAACCACCUCAGCUAGGAUAUAGUUAUAGUCCAACUCAAAUUCAAAUUACUCAGGUGCAGUUUAAACCACAGCAGACCACAGCAGGACCAGGAGGAUACAGCUAUAAUACUCCAUCAAUACCGUUUCCAACGCCGGCUUCGCAAGCAAAUCCCCAGUUACAAUUCCCGUAUAGCGGACCGACGCAGUCUCCAUUACCGACGUUCACAACGUCUUCACCAACACAAACUUACAGCGCGUCUGUAAACUCACCUUCCAUAGUGGCACCAAACGGUCGUAACUUAAGCUAUCAAUCGUCGCAGCUUACGGUACAACCGAACGGAUCACCGUCACAGUCGUCUAGCAGCUAUUUGACGGCGAAACCGGGCCAGUCAAGCACACAGGCCCAAUUAGCGGGCUUUGGGUCGCAAACACAACAGCCGACGAAAAUACGAUUUGACGAAUUUGCGGCUCCACAAUCCGAAUCACAGCCGCAACCUACGUACGGCUGAGAGUAAAUUCUAACCCGUACCACGAAUUGGUAGU